GAUCCCCCCGCGCUCCCUCCCCGCUGCCCGUCGCGCUGCUCGGAGGCGCCUCGCGAUCCCCGCGCGUCCGCGGGGCCCGAGCGGGCGUCCGCCGCCCCGCGGAGGGUCCGAGUCGGAGGUGGCGUCUCCCAGGCUGGGUCCACACGAGGAAUAGCUGCCGAGACUGGUGCUUAGGGACACAGUGGCGGUGGGAACGCUCCUAAUGGCCCAUUUUCCUCUCUUGAGAGCCUAAGAACAUCAGCUCCAUAGAGCAGAAAACUAGCAGUCUCUGAGCCACAGGACUUCCUGCAAAGACAUCUUUCUUCCUUCUUCUUUGCACAAAGCACUAGAGAAAAACAGCAUAAUGUACACCUUCCUGCCUGAAAACUUCACCCCGGUGAAGCAGAAGCCCUCCAAGGAGCUGAAGCCCAUGCUCGGGGCCAUCGUGCUCGGCCUCAUCCUCUUCAUUGCUGCCGUGGUGGCCUGGUGCUACUACACAGUGUCCCUGCGGAAGGCAGAGCGACUGAAGACGGAGCUGAUGGACCUGCGUGCGGACGGGUUUGUCAUCAAGAACCAGAACGGAGAGGUGGUUUUCCGCCUGGCCUUCCGGUCGGGGAGCCUCGACCUGGAGUCGUGCUCCAAGGAGGGAGAGAUUUUGAGCUGCACGCGGUCGGACAGGGGGCCGCUGAACUUCUUCAUCCAGACGGUGAAGCCCAAGGACACGGUGAUGUGCUACCGCGUGCGCUGGGAGGAGUUUGCGGCCGGCCCGGCGGUGGAGCACACCAUGUUCUGGGAGGACGCCCACUGGUACGGGGGCUCGGAGAUGAGCACCCAGCACUGGCCCAUCCGCCUCGCGGGCUACCAGGAGCCCGUGCCCUACGUGACGAGCGACGUCUACUCCUUCCGGGACAGCUUUGGGGGCAUCCUGGAGCGCUACUGGCUCUCGUCCAAAGCGGCGGCCAUCAAGAUCAAUGACUCCGUACCCUUCCACCUGGGCUUCAACGCCACAGAGCGCACCCUCUUCUUCCAGGCCCGCUACAAGGAUUCGCCCUACAAGCCCCCGCCGGGGCAGCAGCCUUUCCCCGAGCUGAGCUACCGCGUGUGCGUGGGCUCGGACGUCACCUCCAUCCACAAGUACAUGGUGCGCCGGUACUUCAAUAAGCCCUCCAAGAUCCCUUCCGAAAAUGCCUUUCGCUACCCCAUCUGGUCCACCUGGGCCCUGUACAAAAAUGAUAUUGACCAGGAUAAACUCUUGAGAUUUGCAGAAAAGAUUAAGAAGUACCGUUUUAACUGCAGUCACAUUGAAAUCGAUGACACGUACACACAAGCAUACGGGGACUUUGACUUUGACCCCAUCAAGUUCCCCAAUGUGACCGAGAUGUUCACAAAACUGAGGGAGGAUGGCUUUAAGGUGACCCUGUGGACUCAUCCCUUCAUAAACUACAAUUCCUCCAAUUUUGGGGUGGGGAUCGAGCGCCAGCUGUUCAUCAAGGAACCAUCGGGACGGCUACCAGCCAUGGUGGAGUGGUGGAACGGCAUUGGGGCCAUCCUGGACUUCACCAACCCGGCGGCCCGGGACUGGUUCCAGAGCCACCUGCGGCAGCUCCGCCACAAGUACGGCAUCUCGUCCUUCAAGUUUGAUGCUGGCGAGACUAGCUACCUACCCAAGCAGUUCAGCACCUUCCGGCCGCUGUCGGACCCCAGCAUCUGGUCGAGGCGCUACACGGAGAUGGCCAUCCCCUUCUACGAGCUGGCCGAGGUGCGGGUGGGCUACCAGUCGCAGAACAUCUCCUGCUUCUUCCGCAUCAUUGACCGCGACUCCGUAUGGGGCUACGAGCUCGGCCUCAAGUCCCUCAUCCCCACGGUGCUCACCAUUAGCAUGCUGGGUUACCCUUUCAUUUCUGCUGACAUGAUCGGGGGGAAUUUUUUCCCCAACAAGACGGAGGGUGCAGUGGAGAUCCCAGACCGGGAGCUCUACAUCCGGUGGCUGGAGCUGUCAGCCUUCAUGCCCUCCAUGCAGUUCUCCAUCCCGCCCUGGCUCUACGACAAGGAGGUGGUGGAGAUUGCGCAGAAGUUCACGGAGCUGCACGAGUCGCUGGUGGCCCCGCUGCUGCUGGAGCUGGCCGGGGAGGUCACGGACACGGGCGACCCCAUCAUCCGGCCCAUUUGGUGGAUCUCUCCCCGCGACGAGGCCGCUCACAAAAUCGACUCCCAGUUCCUCAUCGGGGACACCCUCAUGGUGGCCCCCGUGCUGGAGAUGGGCAAGCAGGAGCGCGACGUCUACCUGCCGGCGGGCAAAUGGCGCAGCUACAAGGGGGAGCUGUUUGAGAAGACGCCGGUGCUGCUCACAGACUAUCCCGUUGACCUGGAUGAAGUUGCCUAUUUCCUCUGGGUUUCAUAACAACUCCUCCACCAGAUUUAAUCUUGGGGAUAACCAUGCCUUACAGUAGGACUUUAUGACAAAUAAUUCUAAUUGCACAUUUCAUUUGGGUCUGGGAUUGAGGAGGGGAAUUAAAGACUUCACUGUCUUUGGGA